UAUAGUAGACGGCAGUUGUAAAUGUCAAUCAUUUGAUUUUGGUAAAUACCCACUUCGAGUUGGAAAAUUUAAACCGAUGUCAUAAAAAAUCCUUAUGGCGAAUAUAAUAAAGAGGUCAACGGGACUUACAGGAUUAGCAGUCAAUAAAUCUCCUCAUUUGACACUUGGGAAUUUUUAUUCAAAAAUUUUAUAUGCUCUCACUUUAAUACCCGAAAACGCAGCCUACCGAAUAUGCACGGAAAAACUUAUUAUGGAAAAAUUGAACCAUGUAAAAACGGAGCCUUUGAUAUCAAAACUGGAAAAUAAAUUAGGAGAUCAAGUUGAAGAAUUAAUACAACAGGCAGAAAAUGAAUUGAAUCUAGUAAAGAAAAUGAUAAUAUGGAAACCAUGGGAAUCUUUACAAAAAGAAGCACCUCAGAAUCAAUGGAAAUGGCCAAUAAAUUAAAUAUGUUAUAUACAAAAAUAUAAUUGGCAUUUAUAGUUUUGAAGUUAUAUAAAAAUUUGAUGAUUUAAA